GUUGUGCCCCACCAGCGCUUCAGAACCGUCACGAAUACGUACGGACUCAGACGCACUCUCGGCACUCCGAGAACAGGCGAGACUGUACAUUCGAGUAAGAGAGUAAUAAUACAUAUAAACGUCAAACGUUUUUCGAUCACGCACUCGAUCGAAUCAAUUGUGAGACGUUACGUACGAGGAGCAUCGUGGAUUUCCCCCCUUCGAUCGGAUCGGAUCGGAUCGGAUCGAUCGGCGAUUCGGCUUGGGAGAGGACCACCGGAGGAAGAUCCUCAGUUAACCUCGUUGUUUUGUGACCAGUGACAGUAUAAAGUGUGAUCGUCAUGUCACCGCACACGGGCUACACGCCGGUCAGCGGCAUGGAGUACGAGGAGCCGGUGUCGCGCACCUAUCAGUACCGCAAGGUGAUGAAGCCGAUGCUGGAGCGCAAGCGACGCGCCCGCAUCAAUCGCUGCCUGGACGAGCUGAAGGAUCUGAUGGUGACCGCGCUGCAGGCCGAGGGCGAGAACGUGGCGAAGCUGGAGAAGGCGGACAUCCUCGAGCUGACGGUGCGUCAUCUUCACACGCUACGCGCCGCCAGGAGACUCACGCUCACGCCGGAGAACAGUUACGCCGACCGAUUCCGCGACGGCUUCACCCAGUGCGCCCAGGAGGUGUCGACCUUCCUCUCGACGCCGGUCGCCGCGACGGUGCAUCCCGCCGCGGGUGCCCAGCUCAUGCGACACCUCGGCGGCUGCCUUCGACGACUGGAGAGCCCAGCUGGUGCCAAGCACGCGUUGCCGACGGCAGCCGUCGCUGCGGCCAAGACGACCCAAGCGCCGACGAGCCAGACGAACGUGCCGCAGAACGUGUACACUCCACCGCAGAGCCCUGUCAGUGUCGCGAGCUCGUCCGGUGAAUCCUCGGAGUCUUCCAACGCAGUCUGGAGACCCUGGUGAUGAGGCGACCGAUCGCCACCACGGCGACACCAUCCUGAGAUCUCCGAGGCGGACGUUCGAGAAGCGACCGAGACAAUCCGAUGACGGAAGGAUCCUCCAUCCGCUGGGAAUGGUGCCGCCGCGAGGAGGAAAACGACGAAUCGCUGUCUUCCAAAUGAAACUUUUGCGAAGUCUCAUUGAGGAUUAUUUGAGAACUUUACUUCCUUACGCGGUUUAUACUCGAUCGCAUUGUACAUAGGUGAUUAAAGCUUUAAGUGAAGUCUGUGAUAGGGUUCCAUUUUUGUACCUGAGAUGACUAUUUUCUCAUAAAGAAUAGCGACUAUUAUAUAGAUGUUAACUUGUUAUGUUUAAGAACCAUUUUUCGACGUAAUGCCGUCCGGCGUCUCUGUUGAUGCCGUCGGGCGGUAUCAUCAUCAUCAUCAAUAAACGUCUUGUUUCAAUGAUAAACGAUAUCGAAUCACCACCCACCAUACAUUCCGCAUCCUCUUCUUAUUAAUCUUCUCGACGACGGAAUCAUACGUGAAAAGCGCUAUAUGACGCAGCGAAAUGCUACUUUAUUCGAAGCAUACUUUCCUAUUAUAUCAUAGAAUUUAUAUAAAUUCACAACUUUAUCGUAUCAUGAAAAUUAAUGUACUUGUGCAAAUUAUUAUAAAUUAAACGAAAAAAAAGAGAUAAAAUCUA